AACAAGCGAAAUGUAAACAAUUUCACGACCGCAUUAUUAUACAAUAUAUACAUAUAUUCCGGCGAUGCGAACCCAUUAGCAGCCCAUUAACAGUUGAUUCUGCUGAUUACCAUGAUGACCCGUGGAGCUCUUAUCAGUGGGCCAAUGGGGAAAAGUGAUUAGAUUUUGAAAGCCAAAAACAUAACCUGCUCAAGACCUGCUUUUUUGACAGGUUCACCUCAGUACGAGCCCUGCAAUGGUUAUAUACAUUUGUGUAAAUCAAAUAGACAUUCAGCCUUAUCAGCAAUCCACUUUAUUGUGCUCCGUCUCCGUUUGGGCCUGAUAAGUCGCCCCACAACCGAUCUGGAAGUCAGAACAACACCGACGUGUGUUGGCCACAGUUGAUGAUCUCUCGACGACGAUCGCCAAGAUUAAACCGUUUCGUGACGGGAUGUGAAAAGCAUAAUCGGGCCCUCAGAAUCCACCUACACUUUCAAAUCUCCCUAAAAUUGGGAUGAAUUAAAGAAACAGAAACAUUAAUGGAAAAUAGUUUUAACCCGAAUUCAAAGUUCCGCAGUGGUAGCUAAGUUUAUCUGUGUUUUUUUAAAUUUAUCAAACUUGAUUAUUUGUGCCGGUACAAAUAAAAUUAGUGAUUUUAUUAACUGCUCGUGUCUCGGGAGAUCCCCUACAAUCUCGAGCGCCGCCUGCCAUAAAGAUUUGACCGACUAUCUUUGAACUUGGGAGAAGCACGAGAAGAAUACCACGAAUAGAACAAGAUGCGCGAUAAGCUGGAGCAGGCGAACAGCCGCAAGGCCUCCCAGGCCUCCCAGGGAAAAUUCUCCCAGAUGGACAUCGACGAGUCGGAGUUCAACGAUCCCUUCCAGCAACUGAUGGAAAAGGCCGGAAACCAUGGACGCUACCAGACGCUCUACAACUAUGUUUUUGUCGGAGGACUGGCAUUUUGUGGAGCCAUGAUCUACAUGAACAUUAUUCUGGCCCUCAAUAUACCGGAUCACUGGUGUACGGUAGCCGGAAGAGAAAACACAAACUUUUCGCUGGAGGAAUGGCGGGAAAUCACCCUGCCCAAACAGGCUGACAACCGAGGAAAGCUAACCUUCAGCAACUGUGAGGUGUAUCGGAUGAAUUUCUCUGAUAUUGAGAAUUGGUCAAGCUGGAAUACUACACAGCGCACCAAUGUAACAGAAACCUGCCCGAAUGGUUGGAGCUACGACAAGACUUGGUACGAGAGCACAAUCCCCACCGACCACAACUGGGUAUGCGCCAAGGAUUUGUUCGUGACAAAUGUGUUUGUGGUGGGCCGUGUGACCGAGGUGGCCGGUUCAUUUAUAUUGGGACAAAUGGGCGACUCGUAUGGGCGCAGGUUCGUGUACUACAUCAGCGUGGUCUUCUGCUCCCUGGGACGCAUCGGUUCGAUUAUGUGCACCAGCUCGUACACAUGGUUCCUAAUCAUGUCCGGCAUCGUGGGCCUCAGCGUUAACAGCCUCUUCCAGUCACCCCAAAUUAUCGGCAUGGAAAUCUCCCGGGAGGAGGAUCGCAGUCGAAUUGCCUUCUUUCAAAGCUGUGGCUGGUCCAUCGGCACCACACUGAUGCCCCUCCUCUACUGGUGGCUGCGCCACUGGGACUCCUUUAUGUGGCUCACCUCGCUGCCCACAGCAAUGGUCCUCCUCUUUUCCAAAUACGUAAUUGAAUCUCCGCGCUGGCUUAUAAGCAAAAGGCGAUUCCGCGAGGCCAUCGUUCAAAUGCAGAAGAUAGCCAAGUUUAAUGGCCACCGCUUCGAUGUUACUGAAAAGGAGUUGGCCGAAAUCUACAGUCGGGACAAACAGGAUGUCACCUACGGCAUUGCAUCGCUCUUUGCAGGCUGGCGGUUGGCCCGCAACACUAUUAUUAUGGGCUUCAGUUGGUGCGUGGUAGCCGUCUCCUAUUUCACGCUGGUGCUCUUCAGUUCCCGCAUGGCAGGCAAUCCGUUUCUGAACUUUUUGUACCAGAGCGUAGUGGAAAUUCCCGCCUACGUUGUUGGCCGCUACAUGGGUGAUACGUAUGGACGGCGAUUCACAAACUCGGUAUCGUUCCUUAUCUCGUUCGUCACCUGCCUGCCCAUCAUCGUCUACUCCGUGGAUGAGCAGUACGAGAACCUAAUGAUCUACCUGGCCACGUUCAUCAAGUUCCUCAAUGCCCUCACCUUCUUCACGGCGAAUCUCCAAUGCCUGGAAAUUUAUCCCACCUGCAUGCGGCAAACUGGGGUGGCGCUGGGCACCAUCCUGGCCAAUGCCAUUGGAGUGUUUGCUCCCUACCUGGUCUACCUAGGCACCACUGUGGACAUUCGGGCUCCAUACUACAUUCUGGGAUUGUUGUUCCUGCUGGGCGGGAUCGGCGCUCUUUUCCUGCCCGAAACGCUGCACAAAAAGCUACCGGAUACUUUAGAAGAGGCCAGCCAUUUUGGCAGGCACGACAAAUUCUUCAGUCUGCCGAAACCGCCGCUGGCGGCGGACCAGGACGACGGCUUGUCAUCCCAUCCGGAGCUCGCUAGCCUCAGACGCUCGGAGACGGCGCCUUGAAGCGGUCUGAAUCCUGAAUCCUCAAAAGUAGUCCUUCGAAGUUUUUGCGACGGCAAUCGAUUGCCACUCCCGUUCACCGCGUUCACAUUCCCUUUUUUGUGAUGUUACAUUAAGUUUGGCCCGAGAGUAUUGCGAAUAAAGUAUUGUUAUGUAGGAUGUCGUAAUAAGACCCGCAUAAAUCACAAAUCACCCGAAA